AAUUUUUUUGACCCGUGAAGUUUAAAAUAGAAUCAGAAUGAGAACACCCCAAAAUCAGCUCCAUCCCUCUCCCGCCUCAAUAAUUCAGUUUGAGAUGUUUUGGGAAAUCGCACCCAUAUAUCCCUCGUAACUCUCAUCCCCGGUCAAUCAAGUUUCAGACUUUCCAUACAAAAUUGGGUCUAGAUCCUCCUCAAGGGCAACAAGUUGAUAUUUCGUCGAUUCUGACAUCUUUGACAAGCGGGUUUUGUAUCAUUCUUGAGCUUUGCUAGUUGAGUAAGUCUGGAUACUACCUGCUUACGUUAACUAUGAGUGAAGAGAUACCCUCGGAUGCAACUUACAAACCCCGAUCUGCGUUAGGAGAUGUUACAAAUCAAGUUGGGAAAAGGGGGUUUUCUUUCGUAUCCACUCCAGGUGUUCAAUCUGGAGAUGGUUGUAAAAAAGAUGAAGGAUUUCAGUUUGCAAAGAAAGAAUGUCUAAGAGUUGAUACCUCCCAAAAAGAAAACUUCCAUAAAGAGAUUUCAGCCAUAGCCAGUAUAUCUAAGAUCUCAUGUGAAAUUAAGGAACCCUGCUCACAAGAUGGUAGAAAAAGCAUCACCUCUCCUGGUUUAAAAGCUGGUGAUGUUGUGAGCCCAUCUGAUAGAAACGGUUCUCACGUGACAGUAGAAGCUGAAGAAGAUGAAAGAACUGAUUCUGUUUUUGCACCACAAAAUCCAUCAAAAGAAAAGUUGGAAAACAGCUUGGGGAUGGAUGAUGGUGAUGAUGCCUGUCUUGAUAAUUUAUAUUCAAACAAAGAUGAGUAUCUUGAUUGCUCAAAAUUUCCCGAGUCACAGGAGUCCAGAUGUGGUUUAGAGAUUAAGGGCGAUGGAUUCUCAAGCAUGUGUAUAGACUCUAUCAAAGCUUGUCCAUGUUCCUUUUGCAUGAAGGCUGCUUACCUUUGGUCAGAUCUACACUACCAGGAUAUCAAAGGCAGAAUAGCUGCAAUAAAGAAGAGUCAGAAAGAAGCGAGCAUUUUGGUUAACCAAAACAGCAGGGAUGGUGUGAUUGGUAUAUGUGGGGAAGGGAACUCAGAAAAAUUCUCAAACUUGGAGUCGGAUCUCACGGGUCGAUGGAUGUCACUUUUUGUUCAUAUGGAGGAGAUCUUUGUUCGUGAGGGAAGCCAACUAGUAAGAUAA